AUGAACUACUCUCCUUCUAGUGGUUUCUGGGCUGUCAGUGCCAAUAACACUCUUGCAAAUAAACCCCAAUUUUUGUCUGAACUGGACGCUACUAAAACUACUAUGCGUCUUAAAUGGGAUUCAGAUCAUAAAAUGAAUCUUGAAAACCUUAAAAAAGUUAUUAUGACUUGCUGGAAAUUACCAUCUCCCGAAAUUGGUAUUGACAAUAACCUAGCUUAUGUUAGUGUCAAUCGGGAGGAUCUCAAAUCUGCUACUAUUUCUAAAUUGUUAUAUGUUGGUGGUAUUGUUGUAAAUAAUCUUUCCUUCAAUCCCAGAAAAAACAAACCUUCUCUUAUGACCAGAGUGAAAGAGCUUAUCCAAGAAACUGCCACCAAAGGUACUGCUGUUGACCUGAAGCACCUUGCCACCAAUUCAAGUCUCGAAAUGUUGGAGAAAAGAGUGAAAACUCUUGAAUCCUGCGUGAAGAGCUUAGAGGAAGAGAACUCCGCUUUGAAAUCUAAUUUGGAGAAAUUGGUGAACAAAGAAGAUUUUAAAAAUGAUAUGAAUCAAGUUAAUAUCAAAACCACCAAUGUUGGCAAGGAUCUUUCUGACUUCAAAUCCUUUAUGGAUGGGGAAUUGAAAAACAACGGCUCACGUAUGAAACAUCUUAAUGACUCAAUGACGGACAUUAAUGAAAAUAUUAACAAGCUUAAAGAAUCCAUCAAGUCUGCUGUAGAGAAAGUCAAGUCUGACUUUUCUAGUGAAAUCAAAUCCCUUCACAGUGAUCUCUCCUUAAAGAAAAAAGAUGUCGAAACUCUAUUAAAUAGGUUUAAAAUGGAUUUAAACAAACUCAAAAAGGACAGAUCAGACUCCGAAUUUUCAAUCAGCUCUCAAAUUCAGGCCCUUCAAAAGUCUAUAGAUGGAGUCAACUCUAACGAGGGAGGAAUAAGUAAGUUCGUUUCCCAAACAGUAGAUGACGACUUGGAUUUGGAUAGGAAAAACAGUUUAUUCCAAACUCCAAGAAAGAAGUCUGUUUCUAUUAGGAAAAAGAAAAAACUAGGCAGUCCUUUUAAGUCUGCUAUUGUCUUCGAAACGUGA